AUUUCACUGAUAGAUCUUUGUGUUUCGGAAUGAGCUUGAGCGCGAGGAAGCGCCCGGCGCCUCCCAGAGAAGAGCAGCCGCCUUUGAAGAGAUCUGCAGGUUCCAGGUCACCGAGAGCAUUGACAGAAAAUGUGGAAGUUCCCGAGUCCAACGACAUGUAUUGCUGGGUGUGCCAUUUGUCCGGGGUCAAGCUUUUCUGCCGGAAAUGUUCGCGAAGUUUUCAUCCGAAUUGCGUGAUGAUGGGUGAUGGACAAAGUUACGAGGAUUACUCUUGCUACGAAUGCUUGAAUCUUAUAGCUGCCAGAGACCCAAGCUAUGGAUUUAAAAUCUUGCAUUUAUUUUCUGUCGCUGAGAUUUGCGAGAUUUUAAAGUACGUCAUACGCCAUAUGGAAGUUUACGCUAUGCCCGAGCUGAUGCCGUUCAAAAUUGACCCGGAAAUGCGUGAAGAAGACGAAAGGCUUCUUGGGCGUUUGCCAGUUGCGAAGACGUGGAGUGAACUGAUCGAAUGCGUGGAGCGCGAAGAACACGAAAGCGUAGUUCAGUUCAAACAGGAAUUCUAUGCUUUAUUGCACCGUUACGUCGUUAUCAACCGAGAUAUCUACCUGGCUGCCUCGGAAGCCGUUCAGCGAAAAUUUGAGAAGGAAUUGAACGUUUUACGAUUCUGUCCGGACUGCUAUUUGCGAGCAAACCGCAUGAGUGACGAGGCUGCUUUAGAAGACAGGGAAAAACCUGGAAAUUAUUUUGUCAGCGUUUGUAGGUUACCUCAUGCCUUGGUUUUCGCGAAGUACAAAACUUACCCUUUCUGGCCGGGGAAGGUCCUGCACCAGUACUCUGCCAAGUCCGUAAAAGUACGAUUUUUUGGAGACCACACCAUGAGCACAUGUGAGCUAAAAAACACAACACUUCUGUCCGAAAAACCACCUGGCUUGAACAAGAAAAGCAUGAGUGCUUUCUCGGAAAGCAUGGAUGAGCUUCGAGAACACUUGAAAGAACUGCAGCGAGUUCUCGGAAGUCCUGUGAAAUACUCUCCCCCUGGGACUUCUUACAGUGCACUGCAGUGUGCCUCUGUUUUGAAAAGCCAAAUGCCAGGAAUUGUAAAGAUGUUGCCCGUUUUGGAUUUCUCCGAAAGCAGUUUUAUGAUGAAGAGAGGAGCUUCGUGUGGACCUCCUGGGCCAUUUAUCCCUUUUCUUGCCGAUCCCGUGAAGUUGAGCGUUGCUCAGCUAAUAGCUGCGAGAGAACGGGUUCUCUUCAACAACAAACCACGGAAAUCGUCUCGGGACUCCUCCAGCAACGCAGUCGUCAAAACUGCGGUUCAAGAAAAAAUCCCGAAACUGAAGGUGAAUCUGAGCUUGCAAAACGUGCUCAGUUCUGGUCCGGAAUUGCGGAAACGUCCGUCGGUUGACAAGGGUUUGCGAACAGUGGCGUCUGCCGGCCCAGCCCAUGUUUCUGUUCUAGAUCUGAAGCGCAAUGGUUCGAAAAGCUCGCCGGAAAGGACAGAGACUGAGAACGAGCAAAGCGAGGAGGAGGAGUCUGAUCCGGAGCCGGACGAUGAGGACGAGGAAGAGAGCUCAGGCGAGGAGGCCAGUCAGCCGGAGCGCCGGCUGCCAGACAGGGAAGCCCGCCGGCGGGGAGACACGCCCGUCGAAGAGGCUGUUGAGUCGUCCGCGACCGAAGAAUCUUCUUCGUCCACUGCCUCUUCUUCGUCUGACGAUGAAGAGGUUGUUGAGUCGGAACACGAUGCGGAGCGAGGGGAGCCGGAACUUGAUGUUGCGAAACAAGUUGAACAACCGGUUUCGUCGGCUGUUGAAAUUGAUGCGAAGCAGGAAGCGACAAAUGAUGCUCUUGCUCCUCUUGAAGACAGUGCGACCGCUGGUGAUACAUCCGUUGAUGCACCGAAUAUUCAGGUUAAUGAAGAUGAAACGACACGGGUUGAAGAACCGGAAGCGAACGUGUCUGAAAACGCAUCCAUUGGAAAUGCUUCUGCAGAACCCACUAAAAAUGAAUCAGUACCUGUGACAUCCGAGUCCACGGUUACGAUUUCGUCAUCGAAAGUUGAAGUCUCAAAAGUUACGAACGACGCGAAAGAACAGGAUUCUGGCAUCCUGAUUGUCCGUCGUGCGCGACCCCCUCAGGGUGGCGGCGAAGAAGAAAAAGGCGCCGCUUGUCCCGAGAAAAAACCUCGGAUGGUUCCCGAAGGGAUAACUAUUACCUCGGUGGGGAAAAAGUCUGGGAGUUCGUCGAUCGUGAUCAAUCCCGCGUCAACGAGUCCCUCUGCCGUAGGCAAGGUCAAUGCUCCCGGCGCAAAACAAGGAUCUUCAACAGCGGCUUCGACGAAGCGGUCUUUGGACGCGAACGAUAAUCAUGUGGCCUUCGAAAACAAGGGCGUGUCGUUCAGGAAAGUUACCUUAACCAAGGGAGGUUGGAAGAUCGCCAUAGCACCGGAUAAAAACACGACGAAGCGUAAAGGUGCUCCCCCUCCGCCUAAAUCCGCACAGUCGUCGCCCCCACCGUUACUUCCCCUGGAAGCACUAUCGAAUGCAUCUGGGGGAACUAAGCAGAAGGUGUUCCAGAUCGGCUCCACGGUGCUAAGCGGUCCGGAAGUGAGUGUGACAACCAUUUCCGGCGACCGCAAUCUCGAAAGUCCUGUGAAAAACGUCGUCAAAACCUACGCGAACAGAAACAAGGAUCUGUUGGUGAAGCGAAAAGACCUCGAGCUUCGACGCGUUUCAAACAAAGCCAUCAUCGAGAAGCCGCCUAAGCUAGAUGCAGAGACGUGCACUGUGGAAAAAAUUCUCACCGCGUCGCGGCAACCUCAGUCACGCGUUACUAUAGUGCGCAGUCGUGCCAGCGUUGGAACGAACGUGUCCUUCGGCUCGAAUCGUCCGUCUCCGCCGCCAUCGACAAACGGCAUUGCAGCAACAGAAGCUUUCAAGGGCGACUCCCCCGAAGUGGAUCCAUUGAGCCAAACGAAACGUGUCAACGUGGCCACGAUGGCGAUGUCUCCUCCGCAUCGCCGCGGCGGAACGUCGUCGUUUCAUAAGAAACCCGCGCUGGUUGUUACCGGGUUCCCGAAUCCCCUGGAACCUCAAGUUCUCCUUGAGGAAGGUGUCUCCCAACCCGGGGUUGACGAAGACGAAGAUGAGGACGACAUUUUGGAAGAUGACGUGGAAGACGACGACGUGAAACCGGACAUCGACGAACUGGACGCAGCAGUUGCCACGAACAAAACCUCCUCUGUAGAAGCUGUGACGACCUCAACGCCGACUUCGGUAAAUGUGACUCCGAAGGGGUCGAGUAGUAGUUCACAAUCCAUCAUGCCGGUCAGGGGCAAAAUCCAGGUCAAGUCGUUCGCCAGUGCGCCGAAUUCAACGUCAUUGUCAUUGAAUGCCGUGUCUUUGCCUGCUGGCGUCUCAGUCGUCCGACCGCAGAUCUCCGUUGCACCGUCUACCUCAAGUAGUGGUGCACAACGCGGAACGGACAACACUAGCCCCGAACUUCAAGGUCUUGUCAGUCGGUGUAUGCAGUUCCUGAGCUCAGAGGUUUCGAAUUUCCUGAAGAAUCAGUUGUCAAAGCAAGGUCAGCAACAUCAAAGUCGAGAGUCGGCUUUGCAAGCCCAGGUACAACAGAUGAAGGCCACUAUAGAUUCGUUGUGUGCUGACAACAGCCAGUUGCAAGCUGAAGUUGCAUUCCUGAAAAACCGCGUCCACGAAUUGGACGGGUCGGGUUGUGGGAAAGAUGUCGCGGCGCCGGUUGGUUGGUUGAUUGAUUUCCCGUAUUUCCGAGCCAACGAUUGUAUUUCGCUGAUCAGGACGUGGGUUGCCUCCAGGUCAUCCAAGGCAAUUCCGCCAUUUUCAUUGACAGCCGCCUUCACAGCUGCCAAAGUGGCGACCAAUGUGGCGGCUGUGAAGGCGGCUUUUGAUGAAAAUGGUGGAAUUGCCUUGGAUGACCUGGAGGCAACUCUUGGAAAGAAUGCCAAGCUGAUUUUAAAAAUUCUGAGGGGAAAGCUGGGCUACAACAAAAAAAGGGCGUCUUGUCUUUUGAGUGGACAAUUGGCCAACAUUGAGGCUUACAAAGUGGAUAGAAAUGAGACUGAGGGGAAAAGUGCCAGCGACGACGAGGCAAUAAUCCCGAAAGACGCGUUGCAAGCGAAUCUUGUCCCUAAUGUGUCGCAAGACGUGGUGAUCCUCGACCGUGACAACGAUUCGUCCUCAUCCUCGUCACCAGUGUCGGUGGCCUCGUCGCAGCAAGACACUCCUCCGACCAGAAUAUACGUUCUCAAGAACCCCGAGAGCCUCAUCACGGGUUCGGGUCCAAGCGUACUCCAGCAACUCACCAAUGCUGGCUCCAAGUUGACUGUGACUCGGACAAGUGCGUCUGCUUCGCCAGCAACGUCGGCGUCGGCAGCGACGUCGCCGCGGAAAAAGAAGCGUCGACGUUGCGGCAAGUGUAAAGGAUGUAGCGUGCCGAACGACUGUGGCGAGUGUAGGUCGUGUGCGAAUCCGCGAAGGCACCAGCAACUGGCCCGAUUUCAUCAACUGCCUGAAGUGAUGGGAAGUGGGAGUCACCUGCAGGCAGCUAUGGUGGGUUUCAGACCCGUGCCUGCAAAUCGACCGCCGAUACUGUUACCUGUGGCCCCGCGAACAAACAUGGUGCAUCAUUUCUCAGGGAAAAAUGCGCAAUCCUGCUUCGUGAACCAAAAUGGCGUGCAAUUGAUCCCAGGAACCAGAUUCCAGGGGCCGGGUCCUGUUGCUGUGCCGAGUGGAUUUUCUCUUCAGCCCGCAGGUCACGGGAUCGCAGUGAAUGUUGCACCACAGCGUCACAUACGACUUGUGUCUGGGAAUCAGAACAAUGUUGCCGCAUCAGUUUUCUUCCAUCCCCAUCACCGCUGA